AUGAGUCUAAAUAAUAAUAGUCAGAGUUGCCAUUUUAAAUUUAAUCCUCAGAGUCCCCUUACAGAUAAUGCCCUCCAAAAAGUAUUCUCAAUAGAAACAGUUUUUGGCAGAAAGCAAUAGGUGAAGUUAAACAAAAAAUCUGCGAAUCUUGUUUAUGAUUUAAUUAACAAAAUUAAUUCUCAUUUGGAAAUAAAUAAAAUUAAUUAUAUUAAAAUAAAUAAUAUCUAAAUGUCCAGAGUCAAACAAUCUUUAUGUAAAUUUUGUAUUUUUGAGUCUCUAGAUGCACAACAAUCGCCAAGUACUGGGAGAAUACAAAAGAUUUCAGAGAAGCUUUCUACCAUCUAGAUAGGAGUGGAGAAUGAAAGAUUUUAGAAAUUGGAAUAGGCAGAAUAACGUAUUUAGUAGGCUGAGGAUGCAUUCAAUGAGUUUCAGGAGCAAAUCUUUACCAGGCUUAAUGGAUUGCGGGAUUAGGUAUGUUAUCUAUAAAAUUGAUUAACAGUUGGGUAAAUUAUCGAAGCAAGUGGAGGAUGACAAAUUGGCCAAGGAAUAAGCCAUAGAAGCCAAGAAUAGAGAUGUUUAGGCUUUGACAAAGAAGUUUGAGAAUGCUAUAGAGAAUGAGCAGCAGACUAAGAAGGAAGGAGAGGCAAAGAUCCUUAGAUUGACAGAGGAUAAAUCAGCCUUACUUAGAACAGAGGUCUAGAAGGAGACUGCCUAAAGAAUAGAUGCCAUCGAGGGCAUUCAUUAAGGCUUACAAAAUGAUUUGCCAAAGAUUCAAGAGGCCAUUCGAGAGGAAGCCAAUGAAAGGGAUGAGUCUGAUUAAAAUGUAAGGAGUAUUUUAAUGUAGGUAAUGAAAUCGAUCACAGACGAGUUGGUAAAAUUGAGUAAUUUGAUCAAUGUCGAGAAAAGAAAUAGAGAUGAAAGUGAGUAGUCAAUAUUUGAAAUGCUUAAGGAUAUAGUGAAUAGAGUGAAAGUAGAGUUGGAUCAAGAGAAAAGAACCAGAGAGUAAUCAGAGGAACAUUUGCUUAGUUUAUUGGAAGACACCUGUAAUAAAUUAAGUAUUGCAGCAAAUUUAUGAAGAAUUUAUAUUCAUAUAAGACAUUAAGG